AUGGCCACCAACAUCGGAAUCAUGGACGCUGCUUACUUCGUCGGUAGAUCUGAGAUUCUCUCGUGGAUCAAUUCGCUUCUUCAACUCAAUCUCUCCAAAGUCGAAGAGGCUUGUUCUGGUGCUGUUCACUGUCAGCUUCUUGAUGCCGCUCAUCCUGGUAUUGUUCCGAUGCAUAAGGUGAAUUUUGAUGCGAAGAGUGAGUAUGAGAUGAUUCAGAACUAUAAAGUUCUUCAAGAUGUCUUCAACAAACUCAAAAUCACUAAGCACAUUGAGGUUAGUAAGCUAGUGAAAGGAAGACCGCUGGAUAAUCUGGAGUUCAUGCAAUGGAUGAAACGAUACUGCGAUUCUGUCAAUUCUGGAUUGGACAGUUAUAAUCCUUCUGAGAGGAGAGAGGUAUGCAAAGGAGCAAGAGAAGUCAGUAGAAGAUCUGCACACUCUCAACCCUCAACUAAGGGUGGUUCGACACCUGCUCACAGGCCUCAAUCUUCACAUAGUGCUCGAAGAAAUGAUGCGCCUACUGCUAACCACCCUGCAAGUCAUGGGGCUGUAAGAGCCUCAAGGCCUUCUGCCCCUGCUGCUGCUGUAAACCCUGCUUAUGAUCAACAGGUGCAACAGAUAACAGAAUUGAAGUUAUCCAUUGAUAGCCUUGAGAAGGAACGUGACUUUUACUUUGCAAAACUGAGGGAUAUUGAGAUUCUUGGUCAGACUCCUGGAGUAGAAAACUCACCGGUUUUUGAAGCAAUACUGAAGAUAUUGUAUGCUACUGAUGACAACGGAUCUGAGUUGGCUGAAGCUCAAGCUAUUCUUACGGCUGGUCUACAACAGGAAGCAAAUACUUUGAGUCCCAUUGCUGAGGUUUCUGAAGAGAAGAGCAGCUCUAAGAGAAAGACUAUCAACAAUCCUGAAUGUGAUGCUGCUGGUAUCACCAAUUUGUCUCCUAGGCGGAGGCUUUCUGAUAUUUCAAAUGUUCACUAUGAGGGGUCACCUCUAUGA